CUGUACUAUGUCCGCAGUCUCUGGUCAUCUCCUUGUACUGUGUCUCUGACCAUCUCUUAUAUCAUGUCUGCAUUCUCUGACCAUCUCUUGUAUCAUGUCCACGGUCUCUGACCAUCUCUUGUAUCAUGUCCACGGUCUCUGACCAUCUUUUGUAUCAUGUCUCUAGUCUCCGACCAUCUAUUUUAUCAUGUCUGCAGUCUCUGACCAUCUCUUAUAUCAUGUCUGUAGUCUCUGACCAUCUCUUCUAUCAUUUUCACAGUCUCUGACCUUCUCUUGUAUUAUGUC